AUGCCGACUACACGGAGUGCCAGCAAAAAGCAGGCCAGUCUAGAUGAUUUCACAGAGGGCAGCACGCUGAAGCCACAACCAAGCAGAAACAAGGCCGUCAGAGAAGAGCCCAAAAGCACAACAUCGAAGCCUCCGAGUAAAGAGAACAGCUCUGCAAAGCGCAAAUUGGAUGGGGAUGACAAGACGUCGCGACCUCGCUCGAAGAAGCUCAAGGAGGAAGAGCCCGAGAACACCAAGCAGUCUCACUUCGAAGAGCACAGUACUACCGAGCUCGAAAAGCCUAUAGUCAUUAAUCGAUCACCAGUGCUUCAGCUCUGGGGCGCAUCAGUGGCGAGCUUUCUCCAUCCGGCUGAGUCGUGGGAGACGUGCUUGAGCAUUGGCGGGUCAAUAGCAAGUCUAUGCGCAAUCUCGAAAGGCCGCGCCAUUGGAAAGGUCGAGCCAAAGGAUACAUCAGACGAGGCAGAGAAAAAGCGCAAGGACCGCAAGCGGAAGUCUGAGGAUGAUUCGCGUGAGCUUGAAGUCAUGGGCUUUCCCAUGCACAUCAAGAAUGGCGUCGUCCUUGUCGAUGGCAAGCAGAAACCACUGAAUGAGGGCUCCUUGCGAAGCAAGUUUGGCGGCGAAGGUUCACUGAACGCUGCUAAGAAAGUAAUGCAGGAAGCCCUCGAGACAUGGCAGAACGACAAAGAUGAGUUGGAUAAAAAGGCUUUUCAUAUCUACGAGAAGUUCCGUCCCAAUGUCGCCUCAGGCUCCGGUGGUUGGGGUAAAAAGGGCGAGCUCAAUCUUCAUGAAGUUCGGAGUGUGAUCACAAAGUGA